AUGACUCGCUCUGAGGAUAUACAAACAGACGUACCGGGAACGGUCUACCUCGUCGACGCAGGGGGAAACCUGAGCGACGCUGCCCAUGCUGGCAGUCAGGAUAUCAUACUGAUUCCCCAGCCGACUUCGUCAGUUGCCGAUCCUUUGAACUGGCCCAGGUACAAGAAAUACUGGACGCUCUUUCUGAUUUCUGCCUACGCAUGCUUGAACUCCUUUGGCGAGAACAAUUGGGGAGCAGCAUGGACAACAAUCUCGGAGGAUACCGGUGUGAGCUUGAGUAAUAUGAACGGUGGCUCUGCUCUCAACUAUCUCAUGCUCGGCUUUUUCAACAUAAUUUGGAUCCCCACAGCCAUGAAAUUUGGGCGAAAAAUUGUUUACAUCCUCAGUUUGGUCUUCGUACUUGCUAGUGGAAUCUGGGGCGGUGUUUUCAGUGGUGUUGCACAGUACUACAUCAUGAUGACUGUCAAUGGUAUCGGUACCGCAGCCUACCAAGCCCUAAUUCAGCUAACGAUCUUUGAUGUCUUCUUCUCCCAUCAACGUGGCCGAAUGCUCGCUAUCUAUAUCUUCUUCCAGCAGCUUGGUUCCAUCAUUGGCUUGAUUUGUGGUGGUUAUAUCUCCGAUGGCAUUGGCUGGAGAUGGAGCCAGCCCAUUGUGGCAGGAGCAUGCGCUUGCUUGAUUCUUCUCUUCAUCUUCACUUUUGAUGACACCAUGUUCCCGAGAUACCGGUUCUCAGGCGAUACAUCGUCUGAGGACUCGAAGGUCGACCCCACCACUACACUGCCCAUGGGCGACAAGGACCAGAAGAUGGAGGCCCCUAUAUCCGUCGUAGCCAGCCAUAGUGCAGGGCAGAUCGCAAUGCCCCCACGGACCUACCGCCAAAAGAUUGCUUUAGUGCACUAUUUCAAAGACGACCAUACAACCUGGUUCCAGUACUUCCGCCGUCCAUUCUUCCUCUUCGCCUUUCCCAACAUCCUCCUGGCAGGUAUUCAAUUUGCCCUAGGCUGCACCGCCGGGAUUGUCUCCUUCAACACCAUCUCCGAGAUCAUGACCGAGCCGCCAUACAACUGGAGCGCUGGUCCCGCCGGGCUGAUCUUCCUAGCUGCCCUCGUCGGCAACUUCAUUGGAAUGGGAAUCGGUUCGCUGUCUGACUGGCUUGUCAUCUUCCUCGCCCGCCGCAACAGGGGGUACAAGGAACCCGAAAUGCGUCUCUGGGCCUACGGACUCCCCAUCAUCCUCGCCGCCGUCGGCUACUUUCUCUAUGGCUGGGGCGCCACCGAGGGUGCCCACUGGAUGACCAUUGCCGUCGGUCUCUGCUGCAUGAUCGCACAGCAGGUCUCUGCCACGAGUAUCGCGACUGCGUACGCAAUGGAAUGCUUCGAUCAGAUAUCCGGAGAACUAGUCAUCAUUCUAGCCUGCUGCUCCUCCAUCAUCAACUUCGUCAUUUCCUUCACGGUACAGGACUUCAUUGACGGGACAAACUACGGCUGGACCUUUACCUUCUACGGCAUUUUGGUCGUACUGUCCAUGCUGAUGGGCGUGCCGAUGCUGAUCUGGGGCAAGAGUUGGCGCCGCAAGUGCAAGCCACGAUAUGAGCAGUUCCUCGCCGAAAAGGAUCUCCAUUGAGCUGUCAGCCCGGGCGACUCCGGACGGCAAGCAAGCUUGCUACGUGCUCGUACAUCCUCUUCUUAUGAUUCAUGAUUGCUAUACCUGUUUCCUCGUCUACUUGCUUGCUCCGUCGCUAUGGUUUUUGGUCCAUUGGGCACAAACGAAUCACUGGCCUUCAAUGCAAGACAAACAUGCACUGCACAAAUAAUCUAUUCCGCCUGAAAAUACCAGUAUCCUCAUUCUCUCCUACACUAUCAGGAUAUGUCUAGUUGGAAGAUAGAAUUGUCUCUGCGUGAUGGGAACG